CCUGAAGAUCGCUGCCUGGAGCCGGUGGAUCCAGGACCAUGUCAGUACUACCAGACAAAAUGGUUUUGGGACGUAGCCGAUGAGUCCUGCAAAGAAUUUCAUUACGGUGGUUGUAUGGGCACGAAGAAUCGCUUCAACACCAAACACGAAUGUCUGAAGCAGUGCCGUUAUAAGCUGUUCAAUCCUGUUGCUGUACCAGAUCUCUGCUUGCUUGAGCCCGAUCCAGGAUAUUGUGAUGACGAGCGCCAAGGUCAGUGGUGGUAUUAUUUCGACUCUGAAGCUGGAAUAUGUGUAAAGUUCUUCUACUAUGGCUGCGGUGGCAAUGACAACAAAUUCUAUAGCCUUCACAUGUGUAGAAAAGUCUGUGCUGAAAGACUUUCGCCGCAAAUUGCUUGCGAUCGCUGUGAUCUACGGACAUCGUUUUGCAAAUCACAUGGGAAGUUCAACUACACCUGCGAAUGUCUACUUGGAUAUGAGAAGAAUCAGUAUGGAGAGUGCAUAGACAUCGACGAAUGCAGAGGUUACACAGCAGUAUGUGACAAAAACGCAUGGUGCACGAAUACUAUUGGGUCCUAUAGUUGUGAAUGCAUGGCAGCAUAUAGAGGAGAUGGAAAACAUUGUACUUAUGUUGGUUUGGGUCGAUCGUCGAUGGACUGUAAAGACUGCUCGGACGAUGCCACUUGCGAGAAUGGCAUAUGUCAGUGCAAGGAAGGAUUUGAAGGCGAUGGCUUCAACUGCACUGAUGUCAAUGAAUGUCUGCGAGCUCCAUAUCUCUGCGAUAAAAACGCUGAAUGCUUCAAUCGAGAAGGUUCAUUCAUCUGCACAUGUCUGGCAGGAUAUGCUGGAAAUGGAUAUAAUUGUACGCAGACAAAAAAUGCCUGUCUCGACAAAUUCGAUCAUGGGUAUCAAGAAACAUGUGGUGGAGAAAAUUGGCGGCAGCAUUAUUUUCUGGACCAUAAAUCAAAACUGUGCCAAGCUUUUUGGUACGAUGGCUGCAAGGGACGUUCCCGAAAUAUCUUCUCCGAUCUUGAAACCUGUGAGCAAAUGUGUGAAGAAACGAAUAUUCUUACGAGGGCAGAAGUUUGCUGGGACAAAUUCGAUAUGAACUAUAGGAACCAAUGUCUUAAUGGUCAAUGGCAGCAGCGUUACUACUUCGACCACGCGUCAUUAACUUGUCGUCAGUUCUGGUACGAUGGUUGUCGUUCGGAUUCGAGGAAUAUGUUCGAAGAUAUGCUCACAUGCCAAUGGCUAUGCGAAACUCAGCCUAUGUAUAAGUCAAGAGCUUGUCUGCAAGAUUUCGAUCCACAUUAUAAAGAUCAGUGUAAUGGCGGACGAUGGCGGCAACAAUAUUAUUUUGAUAGGAAUGUUAAGAAAUGUAUCGCAUUUUGGUAUGAUGGUUGUACGGGUGAAAGUGAAAACCUCUUUCAAGAUGAGCAGACUUGUUUAAUGACAUGCGAGAAUCCAGCCAAGAAGGAUCCGCACAAGCCAUGGCAUGGAGGAGAUAAGCACAAAAUGAAGGAGAAGCUAGAAGAUCUCUACAAGCCCAAUUUGACCGACAUAUGCGCCACUGCCAACCCAUGCCAAAAUAAUGGCACUUGCGUAUUCGUUUGGAAGAAAAACACCCAUUAUUGCAAAUGUCAAGCCGGCUUUACGGGUAACAACUGCAGUGAGAAAAUUGACUUUGACCCUUGUGCCACGAAUCCAUGUCAAAAUGGUGCCACUUGUACAGCUAAAGUGCAAGAAGGAAAACCAACCUACGAAUGUUAUUGUGCACCAGGAUUUGGAGGACCAAAAUGCGACCAAAGGCCUUGUGACGUAAAUCCAUGUCUGCAUAACGGGACAUGUAGAACGACGGCAGGUUUCAGCUCGUACUUUUGCGAUUGUCAAGAAGGAUAUGGUGGAAAGAAUUGCGAUAUUGCUAUCAGCAAAUAUCCACCGGAGGAACAUUAUGGCUCAAAAGUGCUGCUUGUGUCUAGUGGUAAGGAAGAGUGGAUACAACAAAUGAAGGAAAGGCUUGGAGGAAAAACACCGACAACCCCACCCGCUCCAGCGGCAGAUGAGCCCUAUAAAGAUCCCAAAACAAAAAAAUUGGAGCGCGAGGAACGCGAGAAGCAGGAAGCCGAACGUUUACACAAAGAGGAACAGGAAAAGGAAGCAAAGAAGCAAGAAGCUGAACGGUUAGAAAAAGAAAAACAGCUUGAGGAGGAAAAACUCAGAAAUGAAACUUUGCUUAAUCAGCAAUUAUCUCAUGCAAACCAUAUCGCUCUUAGUAUCUUCACCUUGGUAUUUGCACAAAUAUUAGUUUUUGAUUUUUGAUUU